UUUAAACAUUUGUAUAAUAUUAUAUAAAUUGUUAUUUUCUUAAAAUCAGUGUAAUGCAUUUAAAAACUAUAAUAAUCUUUUGUUUAGUAUGUUUUUUUACCGACACAAUGAGCAAUGGACUUAAUGCAAUCCAAAUACAAUUCUUGCGAAUACUGGUAAAAAAGUUUAAUAAAAUAGGAGAAGUAAAUAAAGUGAUACAAUGUUUUAAUAUCAAUGAAGAAUACCACUAUAACACUGAAGUUCAUGAAAAUAAAAGAGUUAACGACAUUCUUCAUUUUAUGUAUCAAUAUGAUAAGGCGGGUGAUGGUAUAAAACUACCUGGUGAUCAAAAAGAAAUAAUGAGACUGGAUAAAUAUGACUUAGAUAUCGUUUUCCAUCAUUUUUUUAGAAUUGUCUUAAACAACAAUGGUAUUAUAGAGUUUUCGGAAUACAAAUCGUUAAUUGAUUCAUUUGAAUACAAUGAUCUUAUUAAAGAUAAAAACGAAUUACUGAAUUGGAAGUUUAAAGUAAUGGGAGAAGGUACAUACGAUAUAGGCAAUGUACUCAUAGAUUUAGUAAGGCUCCAGGCACAAUUUUAUGGACAAAGAUUUUUUAAAGUGGAAGAUGAGACAAGAAUCGAACAUUUUAUUGAAUGUAUCAUAAAUGAUGAAAUUCCAGAGCUUGACUUUAUGUUACUAAUAAAUAAUACAUUUUAGUUAAUAGAUUAAAUAAUUAAGUUGUAAUUUCUAAGUCAAAUCAUUUAUUGCAUUUCAUUAUUUUUUUUAUUGCUUUAAAGUAAUUUAUAUCUCGUUUUUUCAAUUUAUUGUAGACUCUGUGCUAUUUUUGAUUCAGUUGCUCCGAACCUUUUUAUAAUUAUUCUAGUAAUCAUAGUAUACUCUUUCAUUUGUUUUGUUUGUACAUGUUUAAAAUAAUCUGCUAACGUUGUUAUUUGAACGGUAUGUGGGUUAAAUUUCAUUUUAUGUCAAGUUCAUAUUGGCGUCUACUUUUUUGCAUAUUGUUAUAAAUAUUUAAAAGACACACUUAUAAAAAAGUUAAUAUAGAUAUUACGAUAACGCUUUGUGUUCUUACGCUUUGUUAGCUACUUUCUUAGUAUAGACUGUCUUAAUCAUGAUUAUGCCCUUGUCUCUAAUUUGCUCGACCUAUCCUUACUAACCGAGCGUAGACGUAAUGCUGAAAUUAAAUUAUUAAAUGGUUUAUUGAGUGGCAACAUUGAUUCACCUGUCAUAUUGUCUCUAAUAUGUUUCAAAGUGCCUCAGCGAGCAACAAGAAAUAAUACUCCAUUCGUUGUCUCUCACUACCAAAGGAAUUACGCUAAAAAUGAGCCACUUAGGCGUCUAAAGCCAAAUUUCCACUACUCGUGUAUUUGACGAACAUUCGCUAUUUGUCUUUAUUGUCAAGCAGUAGGAGCGGUGUACUUGUACGAAUGUUCGGCGUUCGUUCAUCAACAUUCGUUAUUCGUCAUCUUUCCGACGGUUGUCGGUAUUUGUGACGCGAAUCAAAGAGAUUAUAAAUAUUUGUCCAAAUACGCGAUAAGUGAGGACGGUCUACUCGGCUAUGUUUUUUAUUUUGA